GCCAACCCACCCGCAGAGCGCGCAUGCGUACUCAGGGCGUGAAGCCUAGUCAGGGAGCUAGGUGCUAAGGGGCGUGGCAAGAGGGCGGAUCUCGCGCUGGGACUUUCUCUUUGGAAAGUGUCCUGAAAACUGAGUUGGAGUGUUCUUGUUUCUCAUAUUGUCCAGGGAAACGUGCACGCUUGGGGACAAGAUCUAGAGACUUCAGGUAGCGUGGAGAUGUUGCCACCUUCAGGUUUUGCUGGACUGGUUCCUCCCUCCCACUUCCAAGCUCGGCCCCUUCCAACUCUGCGCAGAAUGGCCCCGACCUGGGCUUCAGACAUUCCCCUGGUCCAAUCCAGGGCUGGCCAAGAUGUCCUAAAGAGGCGACUGGACGCUCAGAGGCCUUCAGUGACCAUAUGGGAACAGGAUGUUGGUGGAGAUGGGCAGGGGCCAGGGCGGAGAGACAGGUCUUUGGAGCUGGGGGUCUCCAAUGCCUUGAGCCAGCAGGCCGAGCUGAUCUCUCGGCAGCUCCAAGAGUUGCGGAGGCUGGAGGAGGAGGUCCGGACACUACGGGAGACCUCCCUGCAACAGAAGAUGAGGUUGGAGGCUCAGGCCAUGGAGUUAGACGCUCUUGCUGUAGCAGAGAAGGCUGGCCAAGCUGAGGCUGAGGGCCUGCGUGCUGCCUUAGCUGGAGCUGAGAUGAUCCGGAAGAACCUGGAGGAGGGGAACCAGAGGGAGCUGCAGGAGAUUCAGAGUCUGCACCAAGAGCAGCUGUCCUCCCUGACCCAAGCCCACCAGAUGGCUCUUGCCACUCUGACCAGCAAGGCUGAGUGCUUGGAGAAGUCCCUGAGUGCCCUGGAAAUGAAACGGGCAGGGGAAACCAAACAGCUGACCAUGGCCCAGAAGGAGGCAGAGCUACUUCGGAGUCAACUGAGUAAGACUCAGGAAGAGCUGGAAGCUCAGGUGAUGUUGGUCGAAAGUCUGAGGAAGUACGUGGGGGAACAAGUCCCUCCUGAGGUGCAUAAGCAGGCAUGGGAGCCGGAACGGAAGGAGCUUCUAGACACGGUGCAGUGCUUGAAGGAGGACCGGGCUGACCUUCAGGCCACCAUUGAGUUGCUGCAGGUUCGGGUACAGAGCCUCACACACAUGCUUGCCCUGCAGGAAGAGGAGCUGACCAGGAAGAUUCUGCCUUCAGAUGUCCUGGAGCCCGAGUAUCCUAAGAAGUGCCAGUUGCUGCUGCGUCGAUGGCGGGAGAAGGUGUUUGUCCUCAUGGUACAGCUCAAGGCCCAGGACCUGGAGCACAGAGACUCCAUGAAGGGGCUGAGGGACCAGGUAGCAGAGCUCCAGGAACAAGUGACGGCCCAGAGCCUUGAGCAGGCCAUCUUGCAGCGAGCCCUACAAGACAAAGCCGCGGAGCUGGAGGUGGAGCAGAUGAGCACCAAGACCCUGCAGAUGGAGCUGAAUCGGGCUCUGGAAGCCAGACGGCGGCAGGAGCAACUGGCAGCUUCUGCCGAGGAGCAGCUGAAGUUAGUAGUCAGCGCAAUGAACAGCACUCAGAACAACCUCCAUAGCACCAUGACCAGGGUGAAUCAGGCUGUAGCCCGCAUUCCCAGCCUCAGCAACCGACUCAGCUAUGCCGUCCGCAAGGUCCAUACCAUUAAGGGUUUGAUGGCUCGAAAACUGUCCCUCGUUCAGCUGCGCCUGGAAAGCUGUCCCCCACCCCCACCUGCACGCCCACCGGACGCAGAUCUGAGCCUUGAGUUGGAGCAGCUACGGGAAGAACGGAACCGCUUGGAUGCUGAGCUGCAGCUGAGCGCCCACCUUAUCCAGCAGGAGGUGGGCCGGGCACGGGAGCAAGGGGAGGCAGAACGCCAACAGCUGAACGAGGUGGCCCAGCAGCUGGAGCAGGAGCUGCAGCGUGCCCAGGAGUCCCUGGCCAGCGUGGGGCAGCAGCUGGAGGCAGCCCGCCAGGGGCAGCAGGAGAGUACCGAGGAAGCUGCCAACCUCCGGCAGGAGCUGACGCAGCAACAGAAGAUCUACGGGCAAGCUCUGCAAGAGAAGGUGGCCGAGGUGGAAACUCGGCUGCGGGAACAGCUCUCAGACACAAAGAGGAGGCUGAAUGAGGCUCGGAGGGAGCAGGCCAAGGCUGUGGUUUCCUUGCGCCAGAUCCAGCACAAAGCCACCCGGGAAAAGGAGCGGAACCAGGAGCUCAGACGCCUUCAGGAUGAAGCCCGGAAGGAGGAGGGGCAGCGGCUAGCCCGGCGAGUAAAGGAGCUGGAGAGGGACAAAAACCUCAUGCUGGCCACCCUGAAGCAGGAGGGUCUCCUCUCCCGUUACAAGCAGCAGCGGCUGUUGACAGUGCUUCCCUUGGGAAUGGAUAAGAAACCUGUGGGGUGCAGCCCCCAGCCUGUAGAGUCUCCAGAACACAAGUCGCCAGCAGCUGCACCAUCCAGGGAAUCUGUUAAAGGGUCCCUGACUGUCCUGUUCGACAAUCUGCAAGGCCUGAGCGAGGCCAUUUCCAGAGAGGAGGCUAUUUAUCCAGAAGAUAGCUGAGCAGGAGCCCAGGAGCCAGACCCCCACCAACACACACACACCAGGAGGGUUGGAUUGGGAAGAUGCGGAGCAGGGACCAUUCCAGCCUGUUCCCCAGCAAGCCUUGGGGCCCUAGCUUCCACUAAGGUUGAAUUCCUCAAUAAAUAAAGAUGGCUGUAGUGGA